CGCUGAUGUGUCUCGCUAUGUUGUGAUUCCGUAUCCACCUGAUGUUGUCACCGACAUCCACGUCGUCUAAAGUUAAUAUAAAUAUUGCUGUAGCUCUAACGUUUACAGCAUUUCAUCUUUCAUUUACGUUUUUGCUUAUUUUCCACCCAACUAGUAUACUUGGGCCACAUCCAAUACAAUGCCCAUCCACGUAGUCGAAGACAUCGAUGAGUACGAGGAACUGCUUGAUGAUAAUGGCAAGCUCGCAAUCUUCUUUACCGACAACAAGAGCGUCAAGUGCAGGGAAUAUGGAAAGCUAUUUAUUCAGCUAUCACAUAUAUACAAGGACAUAAAAUUCCUCUACGUUAGCCAGUUGGUUGAAAGUACCAAUUACAUAUUUUUCGAGAACCGCAUUUUCUCUCUACCCAAGCUCAAGAUAAUCUGCGAUGGAGAAGAAUGUAACCACUACGAAGAGACAGCCAAGGAUAAUUUGGAGCAUGAGAUCACGGCUCUUCAUGAAAAAGCUAUCGAGAUUUAG